AUGCGACCCAGAGGACGAAAGGAUUAUCAUCCUCAAUGUUUCCUAAACACUGCAAAUCUUAUAUCACCAUUUCCGAGCAAUAGGAAUGGAUAUUCCCAGUAUAAUGAGGAAAGAAUUACUGAACAUAAAAAAGAUAUUGCUUUACACGAAAAUUUGGAUUGCUUCAAGAUCAAGUGCUUUAUUUAUCAAGGCGAUGUGUCGUUGAAAGUAGAGAUCACCAACAUCAGGAUUGAGGGAAUUCAUAAUUUUGAAAUGAAAAACUUCGAUAGAACAGAUACAAACGAAGAUUUGGUAUUGGAUGUCGAUGGUGAGAAGCUUCACUGCCACAGUCAGGUCCUAUCUUGGAACUCGGAGAUCUUCAGAACUAUGAUCAAAGAGAGAAAUCUGUUUGAAGGAUUCUAUUCCAGUCAAGGAUCUUCGAGAGCUUCUUCAUUAUCUCUACUUACCUUGUGA